AUGUGUACUGCACCCAGCGCGGUCACGUGGUCAUCCAAUGCGUUUUCUUCUCUCUUCACCGACAAGAUAUCCAGGCAGCAGCUGGGCAUGUCGACAUUGUCAACAGCGAUGUCACAGGGCCGUUCUGGCGCGUUAUCUUGGAUCAUUCCGUCAUUCAAAUCCCACUGGAGAACAGGAGACGGACGGUUUUGAAGCAGCUGGCAUACGGCCCACGGUGGCUUCUUCGCUCCGUGCUGCGUUUCCGAAUGUAAAGCACCCGACAUUAAUGCAGAAGAAGUUGAUUUCAGCGAUGCUUGAGAAGAACGAUAUCGUGCUGCAGGAUUAUACUGGCAGCGGCAAGUCGUUCGCGGUAAUGCUUGCGCUGCUGAGCAAACGCCGGGUCUUCGUUCGCGAUUCCGAGGAUGACAAAGAAAAAUCAACGAAGAAGGGCAUUACUACCCUCCUUAUUGUUCCUCAUCGCGAUCUCGCAUACCAGUACCUCCAUUGGAUCCACAGUAUCGUCACGGCAAGGGAUAAGUUGUCCCUCUCGACAGUACCAUCUAUAGCAAAAGUUCUUGUCCGUGGAUCUCAUUCGGAAAGUGUCUACAAUGAUUUUAGUCACCUAAUCGUGUCCCCCUCAUCGGACCUGUCACCGCUUCGCCGCGAUCCGCCACAUAUACUCAUUGGAACUCCAACUGCGAUAAUGGACGUGAUUCUCCGCGCCCCCGAGUUCUUGCAUUUGGACACCUUGUCCACGGUGGUCGUGGAUGAGGUAGAUUCGCUCCUUGAGUGGGUUCCCUCACACACGUCACUGAGCACUCGCAGGAAGAUCGAGAAGAAGUUCGCGAAACAUCCCAUGGUGCUGCGCCAGGUCAUGGAUGUUAUACUUGGUAAACGGGAGGUGGAUCAUUCUCCUAGUUAUCGCGACGACCGUGUUCGACAGCCCCAGUUGGUGUUCCUGAGCGCGACCAUGCGAAGCAGGCUCCGGAAGGCGUUGUACGACUUCGAGUGGUUGAAAUCAAGACGUGUUGUCUCGUUAGUGAAUGCGCCCUCUAAAUCGCUUCCAGCUCAUGCAUUGAACCGAGUGGCGAUUCAUCAUGUGCUCGUGGUUUCCGAGGAUGGAAGUAUUAAGAAUCUCCCGGGGGCCCACUCACGAGAAAUAGAUGAAAAGAUUCUUGGCAUAAUGUCCAACCAGGACACGGGCUUUACGGAAAACGAAAAUGAUUUUCUAUAUGAGGAGGAUAUGAUGGUAGUCAACGAGGCUGAUGCAGAUAUUCUGAAUGCUCCGCUUGCGAUCAACCCCGCCAUGCUCGAAGCUGUUGCAACUACUUUCGCACUGGAUGUUCCGCAAGUUGCGCUUCUCGUUUUACCUGCAACAGCUUCCUUGCGCAAGGUUAUUUUCGAGCUGCGUCAACUGGGCGUGAAUGCCCACGCCUUAGAUCUCUUAGGAAAUGCAGCUGAUUUUAUUCACCUCCGUUCUCAGGAUGGUGUGGUGACUGACAAUCCGACGUUACUCGUCUCUACUCUAUCUACCACGCGUGGUAUUGAUUUUCCAGAACUGUCACACGUCUUCUUGCUCGGGAUACCAGAAGGCCGAUCGGGGGACGCAUAUUUGCACAUCGCAGGAAGGGUUGGUCGAUUUGGUAGACAAGGUAAGGUCGUCACCAUACUCGAGGGACAGAAAGAGGAAGGGAAGAAAAAGAAGGGCAAGGUGAUGGUCAAGGACGAACCUAAGAAGAUGGCCGUUAUAUUGAAGCAGAUGGGCAUUUCGCCGACUAGGCUGGAGCACUUCGAGUGACGAACGAAAGUGUAAUUGACAGUUUAUGUAAGGGGUACUUCUGCAAAUGCUUGCAUCGAUGCGAUCGUUGUGCGGCUCGCGGUAAGUAGAGGGCUGUAGUAUACGUUAUGAAUUACAAACGACCGCAGUGGAGGCCAAGGCAUG